UCCUGCUGGCGGCUGUGUGGUGAGUUCCGGAAACCUCAGCGCCCGCAGACUUCCCUUUGUGGGGGGCCCGCCCAGACUUCAUCCUCUUGAGAGCAGCCACGCCCCACUGCGGGGAGGAAGUUGAGCCUGCAAAGGCUUCCCUUGAGGCUAGCACACCUUGCUGUGCCUCACCUGUCCCUUUCAGUCCCCUGACUGGCCAGCUCCAUCUGAAAUCCGAGUGACCGGAGGAGGGACAAGAAUAACAGUUCUUGGGAAUCCGACCCCACUGUGACUGUGCCCUGUGCAUUCUCUGUGGGCCUAGCAGAGGAGGCUGGCCCUGUGGCAAUGGGAGAGAAGGGUCACCUGAGCCGGACACUGUUGGAGUGCAGUCUCAGUGACAAGCUGUGUGUUGUCCAGGCACAGCAGUAUGAAGUAAUCAUUGUUCCAGCUCUACUGGUUGGUGGCUUCCUUAUUCUUCUUGCAAUCAUCCUGUGGCUUUUUAUCAGAGGACAGAGAUCCCAGAGGCAGCGCCCUGGACACCGAGGCACUGCCUCUGUACCUGCAUCCAGGGGCCCAAGCCAGGAGGCAACAGAGCAAGGAGAAAAGGUGCUGGUGCCACUUAAGGAGACCUCAGUGGAGAGCUUUCUACGAGCGGUCGCACCUCCCCUGGCUAAGCUGCAGGUGCCCAGGGAACAACUGUCAGAUGUGGAUCUCGAGCAGAUCUACAGUGGCAGGUGUGGGACCCUCUAUCGUACCAGGAUGACCACCGGAGGUCACGCUAAGCCAAGGAGUGUUGUCCUCAAGGCUUUAGAAGAACCAACUGGACUCCAGGAGGUCCAGGACUUCAUAGGGCGAAUCCAGUUCUAUCAGUACCUGGGGAAACACAGGAACCUGGUCCAGCUGGAAGGCUGUUGCACGGAAAGGCUGCCCCUCUUUAUGGUGCUGGAGGAUGUCGUCCCAGGAGACCUGCUCAGCUUUCUCUGGACCUGCCGCAGGGAUGUGAUGACCAUGGAUGGCCUGCUGUAUGAUCUCACAGAAAAACAGAUAUACCACAUUGGAAAGCAGGUCCUUUUGGCCCUGGAAUUCCUGCAGGAGAAACAUCUGUUUCACGGGGAUGUGGCCGCCAGAAACAUCUUGAUCCGAAGUGACCUGACUGCCAAACUCUGCCGACUGGGCCUGGCUUACGAAGUCCACGCUCAUGGGGCCAUCUCCACUGCUCGCACCAGCACUAUCCCUCUCAAGUGGCUCGCUCCGGAAAGGCUCCUCCUGAGACCUGCAAGCAUCAGAGGAGAUGUUUGGUCCUUUGGGAUCCUGCUUUAUGAGCUGGUGACUCUAGGGGCACCGCCAUACCCUGAAGUCCCUCCCACCGGCAUCCUACAGUAUCUUCAGAGAAGUAAAAUUAUGAAGAGACCCAGCAGCUGCACACAUACCAUGUACAACAUCAUGAAGAGCUGUUGGCGCUGGAGUGAGGACAGCCGGCCCUUACUUGGAGAGCUACGCAUGCGCCUAGAAGCCGCCUCUAGAUCUGCGAAUGACAAGGCUGUGCUGCAAGUGCCAGAGUUAGUGGUGCCUGAACUGUAUGCGGAUGUGGCUGGCAUCAGUGAAGAGAGCCUUUCCUACAGCUAUAGUGUCCUUUGACGAUGCCCCAGACAAGUGACAACAUGGGCGGGAAUGAGUUCCUUCAAGAACACAGGGAAGGAACAUUCUCUGAGCCACACAGGGAGGAAAAGGACAUGGAUCCUGCACCUUUCCCUAUACUACAUUUUCCUGUAAAUAUGAAAUGCUGCUGAAUGAGGCUCUACCUCUAUAGACAUGUACUCUCAAGCAAAGAAUCAUCAGAAAUCUCAGUUUGCUUUCCAGUCCCAAGGGCCUGAGUAUAAGUGGUGGGCAGUGUUGUUCCAAUGGACGUUUUUAAUUUUUUAUUUAUUUUUAUUAAAAUCCUGGGGUUUUCACAUGUAUAUUUUUGUCUCCCCCCAUUUCCACAUCUGACCACCACUGUAAAUAUGUCCUAUCAUAACAUUCUAUACAUACUUAAAACCAAGGGUGGCCUUCCAUCCUUGAAACCUAAACAGGCAUUUUAGACAACACAUUCUUGGUAACUGAACCUUGACAACGUUUAUCAAACACAGUAGGGAAAGUUCUCACUUUCCAGUAUAAAAAGGACAGCCAGAUAUCAGCUGUCACCAAAAUGAAGUGAGACACAACCUUUCAAACUGUUUAAACCAUUUUCUUAAAGAGGCUUCCUUCACUGCCAGAGAUCUUGAAUAGCCCAAAGGAGGCUUUUGAAAUCUGCAAUAAUUACUUGAGGGAUAGGGCAAAAGGGUGGGUCCCACCCACCCAAGGUUGGUUUACUACUGAAACAUUCUUUUUAAAUCUAAAAUAUUAAACGGUUCAAAUAAAUCAGAAGGGAAUGAAGGAAUAGAAAGCCAACACGGGGAUUCAUGAGAAAGUAUAUUCAAGAUUAUUUUUGCUGAACAAUGUAAGGUGGAUCAAGAUCUCCUUCAAGGAGAAGUCUUGUUCCUUCUAUUCAGGAACUUAAUAUUGAGGAAUCAUAGAUGUUAUUCAGUACUAGUCCCUUCUUGAAGAGCUGGAGCAUAAUUAUGAGAAAUAAUUCUGAGUUUUUCAUUGAAUGUAGAUACAAGAAUCUCCUUCUAUUGAACUCUGAGACAGGUGGACCCUGUUUGUACUAAGUUUAAUUAGAAGCAGAAGUCAUUUCAUGAUUAAGAACAUUGUUCAUCACAUUUGCUUGCUAGUUCCUGUAAGACUAAGGAGAAUAAACCCAAAGAACCAAAGUUAGAACCAGUGAUGAAGUGUGUGUCUGUGUAUCUGUGUGUAUGUAUGUAUGUAUAUAUAUAUAUGUGUGUGUAUGUAUACAUGUAUGGAUAACAAAUAGGAAGUAUGGAAACCAAGCAAGAAGUCUUAGCAACCCAAGAUGGUCAUUCAGAGGCACAGAGAAGUAAUCUGAUAGGGAUGGGUGUCAGCUUCUGCUUUCCAACUAUCCAGCGAGACACUGAGAAACAUCUCAUUAAAGUAGUAUUCGUCGACUCGAGGUAGACUUUCAUGAGGUAUAGCUGCCAAAAUCUCUACACUAGGGAGGACAAAAAGUAAAUGGAACUUAGUUUUAAUAGGGAAGUUAAAGAGCCUACAUUGUCUAAAAAAAGAUUCUUCGUGUGCAAAAUGAGAAGACUGCCUUACAGAGUUGGUGUGAGAGUGAAUGAAAAUACGUAUUUGUAUAAUAUAUGUUGCACAUAAUAUGUUCUCAAUAAAUGUUUCUUUUUCCCCUUU